CUAUAAUUGGGCCUAAUGGGCCUUUCUCCUCCUUUUUCAUCAGCUUUAUAUAAUUCACGCACAACACCACCACCUUCAUCGCUAAAUCACACCAACGUUGAUUCUUCUUCUUCUUCUUCUUCGUCUCUCUUUCUCAUCCUAAAAAUGGCAGAUCAGCUUACCGAUGAUCAGAUCUCUGAGUUCAAGGAAGCUUUUAGCCUCUUCGACAAAGACGGAGAUGGUUGCAUCACGACGAAAGAGCUAGGAACAGUGAUGAGAUCACUAGGUCAGAACCCAACAGAAGCAGAGCUACAAGAUAUGAUUAACGAAGUUGAUGCUGAUGGUAACGGAACCAUAGACUUCCCUGAGUUUCUAAACCUCAUGGCUAGGAAAAUGAAGGACACUGACUCAGAGGAAGAGCUCAAAGAAGCUUUCAGGGUUUUCGAUAAAGACCAGAACGGUUUCAUCUCGGCUGCUGAGUUAAGACAUGUCAUGACUAAUCUUGGUGAGAAGUUAACUGAUGAAGAAGUUGAUGAGAUGAUCAAAGAAGCUGAUGUUGAUGGAGAUGGUCAGAUCAAUUAUGAAGAGUUUGUCAAAGUUAUGAUGGCAAAGAGAAGAGGGAAGAGGGUAAUGACAACAAGGCGUAGUAGCAAUUCUGUUGAAUACAAAGAAAAGAAUGGUCGCCGGAAAAGUCACUGCCGUAUUCUCUGAGGCUCCCAUCAUUUCUGAAUGGUUGCCGGAAAAGUCACCGCCGUAUUCUCUGAGCCUCCGACCAUUUCGUAUGUAAUAUCUUCUUGUUAUGUGUAAUAUGCUUACAUGGUUUUUGUGUAAAAAAUAAGAGAUUUGUACCUCAUACAUUCAUAAAACGGAUUUAUAA